AUGCCUCUGAAGACCGGCAACAUUUACAAUUCGAAAAUUGGCAUCAUAUACAUAUUCUCGAUAUUCACGUUGCUGGAAAUAUCACUGUAUGGAAUCAAUGUCUACUUCAUACCCACAGUAAUUCCGGAUUAUCCAUUUACGGUUUAUGGUGCCUCACUAAUCCUCGGAAAUUUCUUCCUAACAGAAGCUAUUAUAACACGGAAUAUCUAUCAGAUGUGUAUAUAUCCAUUUUUAUAUGCAUACACACUCUCGGUCAAUCUUCUGAACAUAACACACCACAACAACAUAUCUCUGGCAUGUCAAAUGGUGCUUAUUGCAAUAAUAGUACUCCAUGGUGUAUUGUUUCUUAUGAAAUUUAGGGAUUUUUUCUACGAAUUCUCAUGGUACUACUACAAAAAAAUAGGCGGGCGUCAGGAAAUAAUAGGUAAGUCAAUUUUUCUAAUUAGAAGUGAAUAGGGUAAGUUAACUUUUUUAAUUGAGGUUAGAGAAAAUACUAUAGUGUUUUUCAAGCUCUACAUUAUUUUUGGCAUUUUAAAAAGCAUAUUGCCGUUGACUCAGAUACCUUUUAAGGUGACUCUGUUUGCUAUUCAAGUAUCCCUACGUGUUAUUAGCUUCAUCUGGUUCCAGACUUUCAAACACACUGAAAUAUCUUGGGCCAGAAAAAUACAGUAUGUUCUUGUGGGCACAAAGCUAAUCACAACGAUCUUUGAACUCAUCAUGGUCAGUCUUCAUGAAGUUCCAAAAAGAGCGUAAGUUAUUUCUUUCUAAUUUGAACAAUUUUCCUGACAAUAGGCUUCAAAAUAGUUACAUUGGUAGUACUUCUUGUUUUUUUGUAUUUAGACGAACGAAACUUCGGCAAAGGGCUCAAAAAAGUUCUUGGUGUGUAUCAAUAGAUUGAGUUCGUGAUGUGGACUGAAUAAACCCUGAUGUAACUACA